AAAUGACGUCGGCGCAGGAGAAGAUGGCGUCCGCAAAGCCUGCUGUGGAGCGCUGAUACAUCCAGAGAUCCAUGGUGGAGGAGGAGGACCUGCUGCCGUUACACCGGUUCAUGUAGAGCCGAGCAGAGAGGGGGGUUCGGUUCUCUAUCGUCUCGGGCAGAUGGACGACACCAUGGCAGUGCUCCGCUGCUGUCCGCUUUCUUGAAUCCCGGGAAUCGAACCCGCUACUUCAUGUCCGAAGGAGGCAGAGGAGCCUGGUCGCAGAGGAGCUGCCGAGAACCAGGGAAACACAAACACAGGAAAUGCGAGCGGCCCCUUAGCACUCAGCCGUCAAAGCCUGUGAUUGUUCGCCCGGGCUCCAAAAGGUGUGUUAUGUCGGGGGCAGAUGUGGAGGUGUACCUGUCCCAGGUGCACGAUGGGAGUGUGUCGUCGGGCUUCCGGGCGCUGUACGAGGAGCGUCUGCUGCUGGAUGUCACGCUGUUGAUAGAGGAGCACCACUUCCAGGCCCACAAGGCGCUUCUGGCCACCCAGAGCGAUUACUUCCGGGUCAUGUUCACAGCAGACAUGAGGGAGAGGGACCAGGACAAGAUCCACAUGAAGGGGCUGACAGCCGCUGGGUUCGGCCACAUCCUCCGAUUCAUGUACUACGGCUCCCUGGAGCUCAGCAUGCCCACCGUCCAAGAGAUCCUACAGGCGGCCAUGUACGUCCAGCUGACGGAGGCGGUGGAGUUCUGCUGCUCCUUCCUGCUGGCCAAGAUCUGUCUGGAGAACUGUGCCGAGGUCAUGCGCCUCCUGGAGGACUUCAGCGUGGGCGUGGAGGGCGUCCAGGAGCAGCUCGACAACUUCCUACUCGAGAACUUUGUCCCCCUCAUGAGCCGACCCGACUUCCUGUCCUACCUCAGCCUCGAGAGACUGCAGGCGUACCUGAACAGCGACGCUCUGAGUCGCUUCCCAGAAAUCGAGUUGUAUGAAGCUGUCCAGUCGUGGCUGCGACACGACCGGCGGCGCUGGAGGCACACCGACACCAUUGUGCAGUCCAUCCGCUUCUGCCUCAUGACUCCCGCCAACAUCUUUGAGAAGGUGAAGACGUCAGAGUUCUACCGUUACUCCCGACAGCUGCGGCAGGAGGUGGAUCAGGCGCUCAGCUACUUCCAUGAUGUCAACCAGCAGCCUUUGGUGGAGACGCGCUCCAACCGCAUCCGCUCCGUCCGCCCGCAGACCGCCGUCUUCAGGGGAAUGAUCGGUCACAGUAUGGUCAACAGCAAGAUCCUGCUGCUGCAGCGCCCAAAGGUGUGGUGGGAGCUGGAGGGACCUCAGGUGCCGCUGCGACCCGACUGCCUGGCUAUCGUUAACAACUUUGCCUUCCUGUUGGGCGGAGAGGAGCUCGGGCCCGACGGGGAGUUUCACGCCUCCUCCAAAGUCUACCGCUAUGACCCUCGACAGAACUCCUGGCUACGCAUGGCUGACAUGUCUGUUCCCAGGUCAGAGUUUGCUGUGGGCGUCAUCGGCAAGUUCAUUUACGCCGUAGCGGGCCGCACGCGAGACGAGACCUUCUAUUCCACAGAGCGCUAUGACAUCACAGAGGACCGCUGGGAGUUCGUGGACCCGUAUCCUGUAAACAAGUACGGUCACGAGGGGACGGUGCUCAGCGGGAAACUGUACAUCACCGGCGGCAUCACCUCCUCCUCCACCUCCAAACAGGUGUGUGUGUUCGAUCCAGGGCGGGAGGCGGGAGGCGGAGGAGGAGGAGGAGGAGGCGGCGGAGGAGGAGGAGGAGGAGGAGGAGGAGGAGGAGGAGGAGGAGGAGGCGGAGGAGGAGGAGGUGGAGGAGGCAGCUCAGGCGGGUCAGACGCACACAGGACACGCGCCGGCCGAGGCCCGCUGCUGCCCGGCACCCACGCCAGCUGCUGGGAGAACAAAUCCAAAAUGAACUACGCCCGUUGCUUCCACAAGAUGAUCUCUCACAACGGGAAGCUGUACGUGUUCGGAGGCGUGUGCGUGAUCCUGCGGGCUUCCUUCGAGUCGCAGGGCUGCCCGUCCACCGAGGUGUACGACCCGGACACCGACGAGUGGACCAUCCUCGCCUCCAUGCCCAUUGGGCGCAGCGGCCACGGGGUGGCGGUGUUGGACAGGCAGAUCAUGGUGCUGGGCGGUCUGUGUUACAACGGCCACUACAGUGACUCCAUCCUCACCUUCGACCCCGACGAAAACAAGUGGAAGGAGGACGAGUAUCCCAGGAUGCCUUGCAAACUGGACGGUCUGCAGGUGUGCAGUCUGCACUUCCCAGAGUAUGUGCUAGAGCACGUGAGACGCUGCAGCUGAGGUCUGCUCCACAACAAGCCUCCUUUUUAUAGAAAUGGGAAUGCACUGUUCAAGGACCGAAGCGUCCCGCUGGGAGAUCAGGUGUUUACAGGUGGGACACUCGUCUGACGCGCAGGCUUUUAAACCAGAGACCAGCACUCGCCUUCAGGUGAGGAAAAACAUGGCCGGGGCCAUACGUCUGCUGUUCUUAAUGAAGCCAAUCGCAGCGUGGCGUCGUGAUGACGUCACAUGUUAACAGUCAGCUUUCAGAAUUCUCAGAAAAUUAUGGAAAAAUUAUUUGUGGGGAGAAAAAAAAGUUUAAUUCUGCUGGUUUAUGUUUCCUAUUCUACUACUCACCUACUGUAUUUAGGCUGUCCAGUCAGGCUCACUGCAGAAACGCACUGGAAGCGUCACAUUCAUUUACAAAGGGACCUUUUGUUAUUUAUUUCAUUUCACCACAUCCUGUCUGAAUCCGGGUUCUCUGCCUGCACAUGUUGAUCUAUUUAAACCUCCUGUAUAUCAAGUUAUUGAGAAAUAGGUUAGUGAAAGGCUAUUUCAAACAAAAACACCCUAUAAGAUAUAUUUAAAAGCAUACAAUCAGGUAUAUAAACAAAACACUAUAUAUACUGUAGUGUAGCUAAUUCUAUAGCCACAUAUAUGAAGCAGAUCCUGAUGCUAACGCUUCGAUCUGCUACCAGCCGUCACAUUAUCUCACUCACACAUUUGCUUCCAGUGCGUUCCAGCUUUCAGUCCUACUCCUGCUCUUUACUCCCAGAUAUCCAGCAUACUGUGCUCAUGUUCAUAUUACAUCACCGUGUCUCUCCUUCCUCUGAAUACAUGUGUGAGCUGAAUGCAAGAUUGAGAGGAAAAAAACCACCCCACAUGGUACACGAGGGCUCAUUCUUCAUUUGACGUCAUGAUGAUUUAUUUUUUUUUGAGAUAACAUGCAUUAGGAAGGAAAAGUUCUUUCUGUAUCCGUCUAGUCACUGGCAGUGUUUUACUCACUCUCAUCUACAUUCCCUGCACUUUAUUAUUAUUAUUGCUGGUUCUUCUUGUGGCUGUUGGGUGUAAUUGCACAGUUUUUACCAGCACUUCAAAGCAGCUGCAGUAUUACAACCUGCUGUCAUGUUCCAGACAUUCACACACAGCGUCUGAAAUUAACCUUCUGGCUUGAUGAGGAACUGAAAAAUGUACACGCCAUGAAAUAUGCAGCUAGUUAAGAUGUUUAAGAAACAUCGGGCCUCAUGCAGGAACAUCUUCGUAUUCUUAUGAUGAACUGCUCGUACGAUUGUUCCCGGUCUGAUUCACCAACGGAUGCCUGCUCCGCUCCGUUUGUGGGAAGGUUUCAUUCACAAAAAAGAUGUUACCAAAGAGUAAAAAGAAGACUUUCACACUGCGGCGCUUCAAGUCUUGCUUUAGCUGUGUCAGUUUUAGGGACAAGUUCCAUCACGAUACGAUAAUAUUCAAUUCAGAUAUUUGCUGAUAUGACAUGAGAAGUCUGCCACGAUACGAUUCGAUUCAAUUCAGGGGCCUGCGAUCAAUAUGAGAUGGUCUCAUACAGUAUGCCCGUCUAACACGAUCAGAUAUAUUUAUAUCAACUCACAAAAUGCAACUAAAUUAUGUUUUGACAAUUUCAUUACUGGGCUCUUCCAGACAUUUAAAUGAAAAACAAUCUAUUCUUUUUAAUAAAAAGAAUAAAAAUAGACUUCCUGUUGUUCACUACAAAGUUCCACAUUUCUCACGUUUAAGUGCACAUUAAAAUAGUUCAUCGCGAUUAACCGUAUAUUAUUUAUCUGUUCAAAAUGUACCUUAAAGGGCAAUUAGUCAAGUGUUUAAUACUCUUAUCAACAUGGGAGUGGGCAAAUAUGCUGCUUUAUGGAAAUGUAUGUAUAUAUUUAUUAUUGUA